GGGAGCUGGAGCAGAGCCUGGGAGUUGUAGUCCUGACUUCCCGGCUAUCAAACGCCUGUGGGUAGAGUCAUUGACGAGACUACGUUUCCCAGGGCCCCCUGCUGCUCCGCCGGGCCACUGGCAGGGCUGGGUUGUCAAUCAGCGGACGUCAGAGAGCGGAGAGCGCCCAGGCUUGUUAUUCCCCCCUCCGGGGCCGGCUGAGAAUAAGGGCUGCAGGAGCUUAUGAGCGGGGAGGCAAGUGUCACGCCGAUGCGCCUUAGCGGGGCGCGGGCCGGCGGGGCCACGUGAAGAGGCUGCGGGCCUGGGGGGAGGCAGGGGAACUCCUCCGCCCAAACCCGCGUCCUGGGGCAGCGGGGGAGAGGCUGCGAGGCUGGCGAGCGGCGAUGAGGCGCCGAAGGAUCGCGGUGGCAGCCGGCUGCUGCCUCUCCUUCUUCCUCGGCACGUUGCUGAACGUGCUGUUCAUCCCGGGCUUUGAUCACCAGCAGCGGCAGCGGAGCGGGGUGACCCCGGCCUUGGCGGGCUCGCCUUUGGACCUGCCCGAGGAGGACCGCGGGAGCCGCCGCUGGGAACUAGCCAGGCAGAUCAGGGAGCGCUACGAGGAGGUGGUCCGCUACCAGCAGCACCGGGCGCCCGCGGCUGCUGCCAGGCGGCUGGUGAGACCGCUGGAGCGGCGGCUGAUGGACCUUGCCCAGCCGCGGACCUCCUCGGAGCAGGCUGUGCGGCCGGAGAAGGGGAAAGCGCCACCGCAGGCUGACAGCCGAGGGGUCUCCCCUGCCGGGGCCAAAAUCGAUCUGGCCCUGGAGCCGCCGCUGCUAGGGUGCCGGGACAUCCACAACGUCACCCACGUUCACUACCUCGGCUCCGGCUACACCAAAGCGGUCUACAAAGUGGUCCUGAACCGCACGCUGGCCGUGGCGCUGAAAUCCGUCGAUUUUGGAGGGCACGACAUCGAGAACUGCGUGCGGCAAUACGCGGCGCUGGAGGCGUGCUACAGGCUGGCCUCCUACAAACUCGUCAAGGAGAUGGUCCUGCUGCAAAGGCUGCAGCACGCCAACAUCCUCCAGCUCUAUGGCUACUGUUACCAGGAUAGCAAUGACAUCCCAGACACACUGACCACUAUCACUGAGCUAGGAUCACCACUGGAGAUGAUUCAGCUUUUACAGACGUCCUGGGAGGACAGAUUUCGAAUAUGUCUCAGCUUAGUUCGGCUUUUGCAUUAUUUGGCUCACUCUCCUCUUGGCUCUGUGACACUGUUGGAUUUUCGCCCUCGACAGUUUGUGAUUGUAGAUGGAGAGCUGAAAGUGACUGAUUUGGAUGACGCCAGCAUAGAAGAAAGCUCUUGUACCAGUAACAGUGACUGUUUCAUAGAGUUUCCAGCAAGAAAUUUCACUCUUCCCUGCUCUGUGGAGGGCCGAUGUCAAAAUAUGAAUGAAAAGAGGAAUCUUUAUAAUGCAUACAGGUUUUUUUUUACAUAUCUUCUGCCACACAGUGCUCCACCUUCCUUGAGACCAUUGUUGGAUAUGAUAGUCAAUGCCACAGGAGAACUCCACUGGGGAAUAGAUGAAACAGUGGCUCAGCUAGAAAGAGUUUUGCAUUUAUACAAGAGUGGUAUAUACCUACAGAACACUACAUGGAUGCCGAAAGCUGACUACCAACAGAUACCCGAUGCAGCUAUUCCUGAUGAGAACUACAGGUGCUGGCCUUCUUACCAUCACAAGGGCUGCCUUCUGUCUGUGUUUGAUAUCAACGAAGCCAUUGAGAUUUGUGAGAAUCACUCCCAGUGCAAAGCUUUUGUCUUGACCAACCAGACAACGUGGACAGGUCGGCAGCUUGUCUUCUUCAAAAUGGGCUCAAAUCAUAUCGUGCCUGAUCCUGACAAGAUAACUUAUGUGAAAGUGACAGGCUGAUAGUUUAAGUGGCUUAGUCUGACUUGUAAAUGACAGGAGCUGUUGGUGUAUAAAUAUAGACAGCUGUUACGUACAAGAUAUCUGCAGUAGGGGGAGAGAGAAUUGCACUAUUACUCAUUCUAAUCUAGAGUGCUAAACAAAACUUUAAAGAAAAGACCAGGAUGAAUGUGCAAUACAACAUUUUGAAAAUGUGAUUUUAAGAAAACAAACAAACAAAACCAAAAUGUGAUACACUGUUUUGAAUAUAAGGUAGGCUAUAAAGCAAUAGGCAACUCUGGCUUUUCUAACCAAGGUUAAUGAGCUAUACAUAAUUGCACAGGGUUGAAAGUUCAUAACUUCCAUAGGAAGUCUGGGUCCUCUGCCAUGCUAUUUAUUUGGGCAAGUAUAAUCGCUACACAGUUGAUAAAGCUUAUCCGUUAGAAAGCUAAAUGUCAAACCUUAUAGAAGACAAUCAACAUUUGUGUUACUAUUGUCAAAUAUGCAAGACCAAAAUCAUUUGUAGAAAUAUUAUGGGCCUGUCAUCAAUGGAUCUCAGCCAUAUUUAUAAUUUCAAAAAUGUAGCCAAUUUCAUUGUUUUAAAAGUUUAUGAAAUUUUAUCUUUAAUUUAAGAAAGCCAUAUUUCAGUUGUUUAGACCCUGAUCUAGCAAAGCACUUAAGCACAUGCCUACUUGAAGCAUGAGUAGCCCCACUGAAGCCAUGGGGAUUUAUGCUAGUGCUUAUAUGCUUUGCUGAAUAGGAAUAGCUUUAAGUAUAUACUUAAGUGCUUUGCUGAAUUAAAACCUUAAACACUGUCCAAAAUGUCCUUUAAGGUAUAUCACUGACACAUCAGCAGAGCAAAUCAGUAGUUUCAACACCACAAUUUUUGAUGAAAAUCUUGCAGUGGAAUACUUUCCAUCUGUAUCCUUAUCAAAUCCUUGGUUUUCUAAGGUGUUUCUUACUAGUUCUUAGAACAAAUGAAAUGAAAACUCAACACUAGCCUUAAAUUCAAUAUAAAUAGAUGCAUUUUAUAGGCAUAGUGUGUCUAGAGAAUUUGCUUUCAGUGAAAGCAAUAAACUAAAUACUAAAAGUGACCGAUGUCAUACUUUUUGUAGUUUGUACAUUCAGAAAGUUUUGUACUUAAUUUGUCCUUAAAUUGUUUAUUUUUGUAAAAAAUAUUAAAAAAAUAAAAUGUG